GCGGCUGGAAUCUUUUGGGGCUGGACUGGCUGCUAACUCUACCCACUUGGCUCCAAGCUCCAGCAGCUAAUGGGUGGACUCUAUACAUGACCAAUCAAAUCUUGACACUGGCCUUUUAUCUGGGGAGCUGCCACAGUGUUAAAAGCAGAGAAACUCCUGCUGAAAGCCACUUCACUAUCUAGUACGUCUAGGUAAAAAAGAAAACAAACAAACAUUGUUCCAUCAUGGCAUCUGCUCUCACUCUCAAUACUGGAGCACGGAUGCCCAUUUUAGGUCUGGGGACAUGGAAGUCCACCCCAGGACAGGUCACAGAAGCCGUAAAGGUGGCCAUCCAGGCUGGUUACCGUCACUUUGAUGGAGCUUAUGUCUAUCAGAAUGAGAAGGAGGUUGGGGCCGGCGUCCGUGCCAUGAUUGACCAAGGAGUGGUAAAAAGAGAGGAGCUUUUCAUUGUCAGCAAGCUAUGGAGCACAUUUCAUGAGAGAUCUCUGGUUAGAGGAGCCUGUGAGAAAACCCUGAGUGACCUAAAGCUGGACUAUCUGGAUCUCUACCUGAUGCAUAACGCUAUGGGCUUUAAGCCUGGAGAAUCUUUUCUUCCUCUUGAUGCUGAGGGUAAAGUGAUUCCAGAUAACAGCACCUUUCUGGAGACAUGGGAGGAAAUGGAGAAGCUGGUGGACGCUGGGCUGGUCAAGGCCAUCGGCAUCUCCAACUUCGCCCAAAGCCAGAUUGAAGCCAUCCUGAACAAGCCAGGCCUGAAGUACAAGCCUGCCAACCACCAGAUUGAGUGCCAUCCCUACCUGACGCAGGAGAAGCUGAUCAACUUCUGUCACUCUAAGGGCAUCACAGUGACUGCGUACAGCCCUCUGGGGUGCCCUGACAGACCAUGGGCAAAGCCAGGUGACCCGUCCCUCCUGGAGGACCCGAAGAUCAGAGCCAUCGCUGAUAAAUAUAAGAAAACAGCAGCGCAGAUCCUGAUCCGGUUCCACAUUGAGAGGAAUGUUGCAGUUAUUCCCAAAUCCGUCAAUCCGGAAAGAAUCAAAGAAGAUUUCCAGGUCUUUGAUUUUAAGCUGAGUAAAGAAGAUAUGAACACCAUUAUGAGCUUCAACAGGAACUGGAAAAUAAUUGUUUUUGACCAGGCUUCUAACCACAAGGACUACAAACAGCACACAGAGGACUGAGCUCCUCACCUGCACAGCCUGAACCAAAGUCAAGCCCAAACAAUUCAUAAACCAGGAAAUCAGAUGGUUCUCAUGUGUUUUAUUGACCACUCAUUCCUGAAAGUGUCACUGCCCAAUUUCGCUGUACCCUGUGCAAUGACAAUAAAGAAUCUCGAAUCUUGAAUCUUAA